CUAACGCAUGCGCGAUAACCUUCUUGACCCUAGACUAUGGAGUAAUAUCUGAAAUGCACAAGUUGAAAAGUUCCCAGAAAGACAAAGUGAGGCAAUUUAUUGCCUUCACACAAACGGGAGAAAAGUCAGCAAUCAACUGCUUAGGAGCUCACGAUUGGAAACUCGAUGUUGCUGUUGACAAUUUCUUUCAAAACCCUGAUCGCUAUAGUAGCGAGCCUAGAUCUUCCGUCGACAAAAAGAAACUCGAUGCCCUAUGGCAGAGAUACAGAGAUCCCCAUGAGGAAGACAAGAUGACAGUGGACGGAGUAAUGAAAUUUCUGGAGGAUUUGAGUUUAAGUCCAGAAUCACGAACUGUUUUACUCAUAGCAUGGAAGUUCAAGGCAGCAACUCAGUGUGAAUUUACAAAAGAAGAAUUUAUCAACGGCAUGACAGAAUUAAACUGUGAUUCAGUAGACAAAUUGAAAAGUAAGUGUCCUGUGCUAGAGCAAGAAAUCAGGGAUUCCAGCAGAUUUAAAGACUUUUAUCAAUUCACAUUCAAUUACGCGAAAAAUCCAGGACAAAAAGGGUUAGAUCUUGAUAUGGCAAUAGCAUACUGGAAUAUAGUUCUUGCAGGCAAAUUCAAGUUUCUCAAAAUCUGGAGUGAAUUUUUGCAGGAACAUCACAAAAGAUCAAUUCCCAAAGACACAUGGAACCUUUUAUUAGACUUUUGUAAUAUGAUAAAUGAAGAUAUGUCAAAUUAUGAUGAAGAAGGAGCCUGGCCGGUGUUAAUAGAUGAAUUUGUGGAAUAUGCAAAACCAAUGAUAGGGCCUAAGAGUACAACAGUCUGAGAAAGGCUCAUAUUAUGUGACUUUUGUGCUCUAUUCUCAAGGAGGAUUACUUGAAAAAGAGAAUACUUUCAUCAAAAACACCAGAAUAGACAAAAGUUUAUCCGAUUUUAUCUUGUUAAAUGAUAGCACAAAUAUUCCUCCCAUUUGCCACAAUAUAUUAAUAGACAUGCAAAGAAUAUUAAAUAUUCAAAUUAUUUAAUGAUAUGUUUACAUGAUGAUGGAGUGAUGUCUUUGUAUAUGUUUUAUG